ACCCGCCGUAAACAAACCAAACCGUCGUAUGGCCAAUUUACCACAAGCACACACAAACAAAAAGACUGCUUGCGACGUCUUUGUAGUCGUUUGCUACUUUCAAUUGGCACGGCGGACAAAGUUAAGCAGCUAACAGCAGCUUAGUCUAGGUUAUCUUAACGUAGUUUAGUGUAGUUUCGUUUGUUUUUGGUCCGGAGAGGUCGAGUGUUUAUGCGUCCAAGCAUGACCCAACAGAGAGGAGUCAACAGUCUGCAGUUUAACCAGGACCACAGUUGCUUCUGUUGCUCCAUGGAGUCUGGUGUGAGGAUCUACAACGUCGAGCCUCUGAUGGAGAAAGGCCACCUGGAUCACGAGCAGGUGGGCAGCGUGGCGUCGUGCUCCAUGCUGCAUCGCUCCAACCUACUGGCCGUGGUCGGGGGUGGAGUCAAUCCCAAAUUCUCUGACAUAUCAGUGUUGAUCUGGGACGAUGCGCGGGAGUGUCGGGACGCCAAAGAUAAACUGGUGCUGGAGUUCACGUUCACCAAACCGGUGCUGGGCGUCCGCAUGCGACACGACAAGAUCGUCAUGGUGUUGAAGAACCGGAUCUACGUGUACAGCUUUCCCGACAAGCCGGUCAAGCUGUUUGAGUUUGACACGCGUGACAACCCCAAAGCAGGUCUGUGCGACUUGUGUACCAGUCUGGAGAAGCAGCUGCUCGUCUUCCCGGGACACAAAUGUGGAAGUCUGCAGUUGGUUGAUCUGUCCAACACCAAACCCGGAACGUCGGCGGCUCCGUUCACCGUCAACGCUCACCAGAGCGAGAUCGCCUGCGUGGCGCUCAACCAGCCGGGCAGUGUGGCCGCCUCCGCAUCUCGCAAGGGGACGCUCAUCCGGCUCUUCGACACCAGCAGCCGCGACAAACUGGUGGAGCUGCGGCGAGGCACAGACCCCGCCACGCUCUACUGCAUCAACUUCAGUCACGAUUCGUCGUUCUUGUGCGCAUCCAGCGACAAAGGGACGGUCCACAUCUUCGCGCUGAAAGACACCAAACUCAACCGCCGCUCCGCGUUGGCUCGCGUUGGAAAGGUGGGCCCUGUGAUCGGUCAGUACGUGGACAGUCAGUGGUCGCUGGCCAGCUUCACCGUGCCGGCCGAGUGCGCAUGCAUCUGCGCCUUCGGGAAGAACACGUCCAAGAACGUCAACUCCGUCAUCGCCAUCUGCGUGGACGGAACCUUCCACAAGUACGUCUUCACGCCCGAGGGAAACUGCAACCGAGAAGCCUUUGACGUCUACUUAGACAUUUGCGACGAUGACGACUUCUGAAGGCUGCCGGGAAGGCAAGCGAAGACUGGAGGAGGUGUGUCGGACAAGGGAGGAGUCAGUGGUGGUCAUUGUCACAAGCAGACUGAGGGUUAUACAUGCAAGACAUCCUUUUCUAGUAGCAUAGCAUAGCUUGUCAUGUGGGCAUGUCAACUAUUUGACAUUUUUGUCACAGCGCCCCCUGUUGAUUGGGGUUGUUGUUGACUAAAAAAAAUGAACAUAGUUAUGUGACAAAAUAAAGAUUUGUUUUAUUUAAUCGAAAGAAAAGUCCAACUCCCAAAAUGUACCUUUUUAAAUAAAGUUAUUACACACAUUGUAACUACAAUUUACACCGAUCUCAUCGGCCUGAUCGGUAUCGGACGAUAAUUAGCAUUUUAUGCUGAUCGGCUUUAAUGUCAUAAUUUGCAGAUCCGAAAAAUGAUGUCAUUGAUCGGCUCCGCAAGAGAAAUUUACUCUGCGUCGCCAUCGUGUACAGUGUAUUUAAAUCCAAAAGCUGGUUUAUUUUUAGGCUUGUUGCACGUCUUUUGACUUAGUACUGUAAAUAUAUGACAGCCAAUAGUUAUUAAAAAAAAAACAUCUCGGCAGUGUGGGACAGACAACGCAUAAUGUUGGACUACAAGACAAAUUUCCUCUUUCACAAUUGGACUAUGUCAGACAACUGCAAUAAAAUCUUGUAUUCCGAUA